AUGGGGCAGAAAUUUGGCAAAAGAGUGGAAACUGACGGCGUUGUCGAUCGGAGCGGUGUGUACGAACAAUGUACACCAUCGACCGAUUCUGAGAGAGUCCAGGAGGACAUUUUUUGGAAGUGGAGCGCUGCGCCAGCGACCGCAAGUAGAAAUAACUCGCUUGUGAAUCGUGAAAGCGACGAAGAAGUGGAUUUAUUUUGGCCUUCGGGAGCAAGUCAGGUCCAAGAUGAGAGUUGUGAAGGAGAUUUAAAGGAAGUCGACUUAUUUUGGACUUGGAGAGCGGCUCGGGAUGACGAGAGACCUCAGGUUACUGAUGUAACGUUGGUCGCUGUGCCAACCGAAGAUGAGAUUUCAGGACAGGGUGUCACUGCAGAGGUCCAGGAAAAUCCGGAAACUCUCACCGGUGACCUGGAGAUCCUCACCACUCAGGAUCCACUCGCAUGUGUACAGAAUCCAGUCCUUUCUGACUCCCACAUGCACUUUGGUUUGGACUCGAACAGUGGUGCUGUUCAAAAUCCAGUCGCAAGUGAGUCGGAAAGGGCCGAAGAAAUCCAGCAAACUUCAGUCAGUCAGUCUGAAGAGGAGAUGGAGAAUGAUGAGAAUUCCAGUGAGAUCAUUCAGGAGAUCAACUCCUGCUUGUAUAAGAUCGGGGAAAUGCUGGAGGAAGACAGUUUUGUAGCCGUCUAUGAAGGGACCCUGCUCGGUCUAUUUCUUGCAUGUCUGCUCGUGAUGAAUGCUUUGAAUGAAAUUAUUUCUGCACGACUUGACUGUAAAUCAUUUCUUUGUUUUGUUGAUCAGGUGGUAGUGAAAUAUGUCGAUACCACUAAGCGGGUGGAUUAUAUCGUCAUCCCGGGUUAUCCUGGACCCCUUCCACGUCAGGUGGCACUCCACAUGCUUGCCUGUCAGGGAGACGACGUUCCUGAGAUUGAACGGCUCGUGGACUGGCAGGAGUAUCCGGACCAGUUCGUCAUGGUCCUGGAGCGCUCUUCUCCCUGCGAGGGUUUGGAGGAAUUUGUUGCGAGUAAAGGGGGAAAACUCGAUGAGGUGUCAGCCAAGGACAUCAUGUGGCAGGCAACCAUGGCUGCCCACAUGUGCUGUAAACGGGGGGUUUUCCACAGGGAUAUCAAGCUGGAGAACUUCGUCAUAACAGCAGACACCCUAGACCUCAAACUGGUCGACUUUGGGUGCGGCGAACUACUUCAAAAGUCGGCCUACAAGACGUUUACAGGCACGAGAGACUACGCCUGCCCUGAAUUUUUCCAAACGGGCGAAUACUAUGGAAAGCCGUCGACGGUGUACUCGCUCGGGGUGCUGUUAUUCGCCAUGUUGUGUGGGAAAUUCCCCAACUGCAAUGACCGGAGCUGGAUCAAUGAAAGGAGAUGGUGCAAAGACGGCUUGACUGAAGAAUGCUGCCGUUUGGUUGAAGACUGUCUGCAGGAGGAUCCAGAUAAACGUAUUCGUCUGGAAAAGAUCUUUGAACACAAGUGGUUUCAGGACAAAGAUCCUGCAGACUGCCUCCAGACUCCCGUCCGCUCUCAAAGCGAUGACGUCAUUCAGUAUCGAGAUGAUGCUGGGUCUGACAUCGAUGAUGAUGUGGGCAUUUUAAUCUUUCACACUUCAAACAGUCGGUGUGAAGAGGAGAUGGAGGGUGUGGAGAAUCAGGGUGCCAUCAUUGAGGAAAUCAAUUGCUGCCAGUAUAAGAUCGGCAGACAGCUGGGCCAAGGCGGUUUUGGAACCGUCUAUGAGGGAACCCGUGUGCGGGAUGGCUUGAAGGUGGCGGUGAAAGUUGUCAGGAAGGCCGAUGAAAUAAUCAAGGAUUAUAUCAACAUCCCGGGUUAUCCUGAACCCAUCCCUCGAGAGGUCUAUCUUCAGAUGCUUGCCUGUAAGGGAGAAUAUGCUCCUGCGAUCGUCCAGUUUCUGGACUGGCAGGACCGUCUGGAUCACUACGUCAUGGUCCUGGAGCGCCCUUCUCCCUGUGAGGACUUGAGCGCUUUCAUGAUCCGCAACGGAGGCAGACUCUCCGAGAAAACAGCGCAGGCUAUCAUGUGGCAAGCGACUGAAGCCGCUGAAAUCUGCUGCAUGCGGGGGGUUUUCCACAGGGACAUAAAAUUGGAUAACUUCCUGAUUAACCCGUGCACGCUGGAGGUCAAACUGAUCGACUUCGGGUGCGGCGAUCUACUUAAAACCUCAGCUUACACAGAUUUUAUGGGCACAGAAAUCUACUUCUGCCCUGAAUUCUUCCAUACGGGCGAGUACUAUGGAAAGCCGGCGACGGUGUACUCGCUCGGGGUGCUGUUUUUCGCCAUGUUGUGCGGAAAUUUCCCCAGCGUCCAUGACCUGGACCAGAUAAAUGAGAGGAGGUGGUGCAAAGACGGCUUGACUAUAGAAUGCUGCCGUUUGGUUGAAGACUGUCUGCAGUGGUAUCCAGAUGAGCGUAUCGAUCUGGAAAGGAUCCGAUACCACGGGUGGUUUCAGAACAAAUAUCCUGAAGAUGACCUCCAGAUUCCUGUCCGAUCUGGGACCGAUGAUGUCAUUCGGUAUCCAGAUGAUGCUGGGUCUGACAUUUUAAUCCUUCACACUUCAAACGGUCAGUCUGAAGAGAAGCUGGUGGACGAUGAGAAUCAGCACAACAUGGUGAAAAUUCAGGUAAUCAAUUGCUGCCAGUAUGAGAUCGGCAGAGAGCUGGGCCAAGGCGGUUUUGGAACCGUCUAUGAGGGAACCCGUGUGCGGGAUGGCUUGAAGGUGGCAGUGAAAGUUGUCAGGAAGGCCGAUGAAAUAAUCAAGGAUUAUAUCAACAUCCCGGGUUAUCCUGAACCCAUCCCUCGAGAGGUCUAUCUUCAGAUGCUUGCCUGUAAGGGAGAAUAUGCUCCUGCGAUCGUCCAGUUUCUGGACUGGCAGGACCGUCUGGAUCACUACGUCAUGGUCCUGGAGCGCCCUUCUCCCUGUGAGGACUUGAGCGCUUUCAUGAUCCGCAACGGAGGCAGACUCUCCGAGAAAACAGCGCAGGCUAUCAUGUGGCAAGCGACUGAAGCCGCUGAAAUCUGCUGCAUGCGGGGGGUUUUCCACAGGGACAUAAAAUUGGAUAACUUCCUGAUUAACCCGUGCACGCUGGAUGUCAAACUGAUCGACUUCGGGUGCGGCGAUCUACUUAAAACCUCGGCUUACACAGAGUAUAUGGGCACAAGGCUCUACACUUGCCCUGAAUUCAUCAAAAUGGGCAAGUACCAUGGCAAGCCAGCGACGGUGUACUCACUGGGCGUACUGUUGUUCGCUUUGGUGUGCGGGAAAUUUCCCGACCGUCAUGACCGGCACCAGAUCAAUAAGAAGAUCUGGCACGAAGACGGUUUUUCUGAAGAAUGUUGCGAUUUGAUUCAAGCCUGUAUGCAGAAGAAUCCAGAAAAGCGGAUCCAGCUGGAAGAGAUCCUUAACCACAAGUGGUUUUAG